UUGUUGUUAUGGGUGAUUUUGUAAUGUUAGUUUGGAACUGAUAAUGUUAUAAGCAACAUUCAAUUAUAUAUUUAUAGUAAGAUUGAUAAUGUUAUUCAGCAAAAGCUAGAUAUGUAGUAUUUGACUUAACAUGUGUAACAUGACCUAACACCUUAUAUUGACAUAGAUAAGUGGGCCUAUCCUGACAGGCCCAAUAUGUCUUAUAGCCCAACAGAAGUGAGACAUAAGCAAAAGCAACAAAAAAAAAACGGACAAGGAAAAAAAAAAAAAGAACAGGUGAUGGUGAGUUCGUCGCCGAAGGAAAUGAAUCCGACACUGUACAAAUUAAUAGAAAUCGUCUUCGGAGCUGUUCUCGUCGGUAUAGCAGGAAUGGUCAUCGGCGGCCAAGCUCAGUACGCUCGUAUGUGGACUCGGGACUAUUCAGCAUUUUUCGCUGCAUUGUGUGGAAUUGAAUCAGCAAUGAGUGCAAUCAGAGGGAAAGAUGAUAUCACGAAUCAUUUGGUGUCAGGAUCAGGUGCUGGGUUGGCAUUGUCUUUUCUGAGACAAGGCUUUAAACUACGACCUGCACAUGCACUCUCCAGCGUUGCUGUUUUCGCUGUUAUUCAAGCAACAAUUUAUAAGGUGAAGGAAACAAUCAAAUCGCGCAAUGCCCAAGACGCCCUUUACACAGAGGCAAGAGCUAUGCUGUCGAUGCUAGGCCUAGAGGAAUACGAGAAGAACUUCAAGAAGGGACGUCUCACUGAUCCCACCUUGCCAUUGCUCACUGAUAGGGAGCUUCGAGAAGUUAACAUUCCACCAGGGGCAAGGCUUUUGAUACUAGAUCAUAUUAAGAGGUACCCUAAGAUGGUAAACCGCAAGUGAGGAAAGCAGUAAUUUGACUCCAACCUUUUUGUCUAUAUGGUGAUGGUGAUGGUGAUGGUGACUUAGAAUUUUGGAGGUGUAGUUCUGAGACCUAGCCUUGCUAGUUUGUAAUAAUAACCUUAAGACUUAACCACCAAUGAAAUUCGAAGCCAAUAACAUAACUUUGUUCGCUGAA